AUGGCGGCAGUAUGCACUGCGUUUACCGGGAGGCAACUGACUCGCUCGGGAAUGAGCCUGUCGCAGGUCUCUCGACGAACCAUCACCUCAACCGCCUGCCUCAGAGCCAAUGGCUCUCUCCGCGACUCUCUCAUGGCCAGCAAUGCCUCCAGUGAGAAAGACGCCGCAAACAAACAACCAGACCCGUCGGCUCCCAAGAUCACACACCGUCCACCACCGGUCAAGAAGGGCUCGCUCGCAUCUGGCUCCAUCUUCGCCGAAGGAGACGAUGUUACCUUUUCCCCUUCAGGACGAGCUCCUACCCGACCCUCCAAGUCAUCAUCCCCGUCUGAUUCCGCCGCCGCAUCCACGGAAUCUACUGAUCUCGCUCAUCGAGAUAAAACCCUUCUUGAACGAACCCUGAUCCCCCAUCCCAACCGCCGAGCAAGAUGGGAACGAAAGAUGGUCAUCCGCGCUGUUAAGAACCGCGGCCAGCUGAGCAAGCAGGAACUCAUCCACCAGACCGAGCGAGAGCUACAGAGUCGAUCACACUUCUUCAAGACUUCGUUGAAGAAAUUAGGCCCCCUGGCUAGACAGGUUGCUGGCAAGAAUAUCGACGACGCUAUCGUUCAGAUGAAGUACAGCAAGAAGAAGGCUGCAAAAGAUGUCAAGGCUUUCCUUGAACAAGCCAAGAAUGAAGCCAUCGUUAGCAGGGGUAUGGGGCUCGGGAAGGUUCAGGCACAGGAGGGUGCUGAGGAGAGUGGGGUUGAUAUCAAGUUAAAGGACGGCAAGGCAUAUACCGUCACCGAUGAAACGGCCAUCUACAUUGACCAGGCGUGGGUCAACCGUGGUACAUACGGAACCGAUUAUGACCAUCGUGCCAGGGGUCAAAUCAACAGGCUUCGUCUACCUCACACAGCGCUUGCCGUCAUUCUGAAAGAAGACAAGACACGAAUAAGGGAGUGGAAGGACCGUACGGAGAAGGCCCUGAAAGAGCGGAAAUCCAAGCUUUGGGUACAGCUGCCCGAUCGUAAGAUCAGCGCCCAGAGCCAGUAUUAUAGUUGGUAA